GUCGCCGGUCCCGCAGCCAUGGCGGGCGGCGUGGUGAUAAGCUCCUCCGGGGGCAAGGUCUACCCUGGGCACAUGACGGCCUUCGUCUUCUUCUCCUGCCUCGUUGCCUCCUCCGGCGGGCUCAUCUUCGGCUACGACAUCGGCAUCUCCGGUGGCGUGACGUCCAUGGACUCAUUCUUGAGCGAGUUCUUCCCAUCGGUGUACGCCCAGUCGCAGGCGAACAAGGACACGAACCAGUACUGCAAGUUCAACAGCCAGCUGCUGACGCUCUUCACGUCGUCGCUGUACCUGGCGGCGCUUGCGACGUCCUUCGUGGCCGCCUCCGUCACGCGCAUCUUCGGCCGCAAGUGGUCCAUGUUCUGCGGCGGCAUCACGUUCCUCGCCGGCUCUGCCCUCAACGGCGCCGCCACGAACCUGAUGAUGCUCAUCAUGGGCCGCCUCCUCCUCGGCGUCGGGGUCGGCUUCGCCAACCAGUCCGUCCCGCUCUACCUCUCCGAAAUGGCCCCUGCCAACCUCCGCGGCAUGCUUAACAUCGGCUUCCAGCUCAUGACCACCAUCGGCAUCCUCUCCGCGAACCUCAUCAACUACGCCACCGUCAGCAUCGAGGGCGGCUGGGGCUGGCGCAUCGGCCUCGGCCUCGCCGGCGUCCCGGCCCUCAUCAUCACAGUAGGCGCGCUCGCCCUUCCCGACACCCCCAACUCCCUCAUCGCCCGGGGAUACAACGCCGAGGCCAAGAAGGUGCUGAUCAAGGUCCGGGGCACCUCCGACGUGAACGACGAGUACGACGACAUGGUCGCCGCCAGCGAGGAGGCCAAUGCCAUCAAGCACCCUUGGCGGAAUAUCCUGGAGCCAAAGUACCGGCCCCAGCUCACCAUCGCCGUGCUCAUCCCAUGCUUCCAGCAGCUCACGGGGAUCAACGUCAUCAUGUUCUACGCGCCCGUGCUGUUCCUCACCAUCGGCUUCGGCGGGGACGCGUCCCUCAUGUCCGCCGUCAUCACGGGCCUCGUCAACAUGUUUGCCACCAUCAUCUCCAUCAUGUGCGUCGACCGCCUCGGUCGCCGCGUCCUGUUCCUGCAGGGCGGCACGCAGAUGUUCGUGUCCCAGGUGGUGGUGGGCACCCUCAUCGCGCUCCAGUUCGGCACCACGGGCGUCGGCGAGAUGUCCAGGUCCUACGCCCUGCUGCUCGUCGUCUUCAUCUGCCUCUACGUCGCCGGCUUCGCCUGGUCGUGGGGUCCCCUGGGGUGGCUCGUGCCCAGCGAGGUGUUCUCGCUGGAGAUCAGGUCUGCGGGGCAGAGCAUAGCCGUGUGCGUCAACAUGACGCUCACCUUCAUCAUCGGCCAGGCGUUCCUCACCAUGCUCUGCCACCUCAAGUUCGGCCUCUUCUACUUCUUCGCGGCGUGGAUGGUUAUCAUGACCACAUUCAUCGCACUCUUCCUGCCGGAGACCAAGGGGGUGCCAAUCGACGAGAUGAGCCUCAUCUGGAGCAGACACUGGUUCUGGAAAAAGUACGUCCCCGCCGGACACGAAGGCGGCAGCAACCGCAGAAUGCACGGCGUCUAGCUUAGCUGCUCGUGCGUGU